AUACUGCAUUGCCAACCUUUUGAUGGACUGAGUCACUGAGACAUGAAAAUCUUUGAAAAACAAUGAGACCAAAAUACAAAUAAGAAUACAAAAUUGUGCUUUCCUUGAUAACUUAGUUUUUAUGUUUGGAUCCCUUUACACUUCAUUCCAUUUCAUGUUUCUCCUCUUUGGUAUCUUCCUUUCUUUUCUUGUCAUUACUUUUCACUUCUUGUCUUCUUCAAUUCAUUCCCAUCCAUGGACAAUAAGCUAAUUGUUCCACAAAUCUGUAAGCAAGGGUGUCAGUCGAACAUUUACCAGCAGAAGAAUGGCAACGUCUCCGACUUCAGAGGCAUCCUUAGAGUUUACACCAACAUGGGUAGUUGCACUUGUCUGUCUAAUCAUUGUUUUCAUUUCUCUCGUUGUUGAACGGUUACUGCACCACAUAGGAAAGUGCUUGAAGCGUAAAGAUCAGGAUGCAUUAUUUGAGGCAUUGCAGAAAUUGAAAGAAGAGUUGAUGCUUCUGGGGUUUAUUUCCCUUCUACUGACCGUCAGCCAAGGACCGAUAAGUGAAAUUUGCAUUCCUAAGAGUUUCUCAAAUCAUAUGCUUCCAUGCAAGAAGGAAGAGUCCGCUCCUAAUCUUCUGGGUCACUAUAACGGGGCGAUUUCUCCAUCAACUAUGUGGAAUGGAAGGCGGUUGCUGGCUACUGGUGGUGGUGCUGCUGCAGAGCACUGUUCAAAGCAUGGUAAAGUUCCAUUGCUAUCGCUUGAAGCUUUACAUCAGCUGCACAUUUUUAUAUUUGUGCUGGCAGUUGUCCAUGUCCUUUUCUGUGCAACUACCAUGUUUCUCGGUGGAUUGAAGAUUCAACAAUGGAAACAAUGGGAAGAUUCCAUAAGGGAAGUGAAAGGUUCUCCAGCGGUGAAGAAAGAGCAUGUUCACCGGCAUAUCCUAUAUUUUAGACAGCGUGCAAAUGGAUUUUGGAGAAAAUCAGUUGUCAUAAGCUGGAUUAUGUCGUUUUUCAAGCAAUUUCUAGGUUCUGUUACAAAGUCAGACUACGUCGCAAUGAGACAAGGAUUUAUCAUGUGUCAUUGUCCAUCAAAUCCUGAUUACAAUUUUCAUAAAUAUAUGCUGCGAACUCUAGAAUAUGAUUUCAAAAAGGUCGUUGGCAUAAGUUGGUACUUAUGGCUCUUUCUCGUGUUUUUCUUGCUGGUGAAUGUGGAAGGAUGGCACACGUACUUCUGGAUGUCAUUCUUACCAUUGAUUCUCCUGCUUGUUGUUGGUGCAAAACUAGAACACAUCAUCACCCAAUUAGCUGAAGAUAUCUCAAGCAAUAAACCAAUAGAUAAUGCAGCAGUCACAGUAAAGCCAUCUGACAAACAUUUUUGGUUCGGUCGUCCAGGCAUUGUUUUUUACUUGAUUCACUUCAUACUGUUUCAGAAUGCAUUUGAGAUCGCAUUCUUCUUCUGGAUCUGGACUACGUAUGGAUUUAAUUCCUGCAUCCUGGAGAGAUUGGGAUACGUCAUCCCCCGACUUAUCAUAGGUGUGAUUGUUCAAGUACUCUGCAGUUACAGCACUCUACCUUUAUAUGCAAUUGUGACCCAGAUGGGUAGCAGGUUCAAAGAAGGGAUAUUCGAGGAUCAUGUAAAAGCAUCCUUGCAGUCUUGGCAUGAAGGCACAAUGAGGGGCAGGAGAUCAAGUAUCAAAAAUCGUAGCACAAUUGAGAUGCAGAGGAUGGACAGUGAAGCUUUUCAAUGUGCUCACACUACAGAGUGCACACCAGCUACUCUAGAAGGAAUUAUAACCCAGAUAACGGAGGUUCCAGAUCGAAAUCAGAACCAGUCGUCUGAAUAAUUUAAUCUUUAAUGUGUAUAUAUAUGUCAUACAAACAAUAUACAAUAUAAAAGUAAUGGAUUCUACUGUGUGACCAAAUCAUGGGUGGAGAUUGACGCUUUCCUCAGAAUAUUCCCAAGGAAUAUCUCUCAGGUGUGUGUGUUACAAUGCAACCUUGUUUCUCAAGUUUGCCAUUUUGGAACAUAUUGAAACAGGUUCUCAUAAAGGACACACAUGGACA